UGACAUCUUGAGGCUGUUGUGCUCCCUCCAUAUACCUCUCCACUGCUCCACCUACCUACAAACUGUGGGGCUCCUUCUGCUCUCUUUGCCAUGCAGAAAUGCUGCAGAUCUUGAACUGACUUGCCCUGUUUGCUGGGAACUCCUGGAAAUGCUCUCAGUGUUUGUUUGGUUUCCCUGGGUUGAUCGUAAACACUGAUAUGGCCAUUUCUAUCUCUCUCCAGUGUCUGGGACUCAUCAUACUCGCUGCAGUCCUCCUCCAGACCAUCGCGGUUGCCAUCAGUUUUCUGUACUUCAACAAAGUCCUGAACACGAUGCAGGAGAGCUUCUCUCGGAGCAGUGUGUCCUGUCUGAUGAAUGCAAAUCUGCGCUCUGAUUUUAAAUAUCCCGCAGAGGAUGAGAAGAAGAGCGACCCCUGCUGGCAAGUCACGCAACAGCUCCACUACCGCAUUGAGAAGACAAUGGCGGACAGGUUCCAGAAGGAGAUAUCCACUGCUAUGCGAAACAAGUUGACAGGAGUGCUACCUAUCCUGACCCCUGCGGUCCCUCUUCCUGAAGUCGCUGCCCAUGUGACCGGCAUCACCUCCUCCAGAGAGCCUCCAGCAGCAGAGGGUUCGCGGAGCAGCAGGGGGUAUCUGGGGGAGCGUAUCAGAGCGUGGGAGGGCCAGCGAGGUCUCUCUUUCCUGCAGAAUAUGGAGCUGAGAGGGGGGGAGCUGCUGGUGCCCCGGGCAGGCCUCUACUACAUCUACGCCCAAACCUACUUCAGACUUCCUUCCACGGGGGAGACAGAGGGGGAGUCUGGGGAGGCGAAGGAGGAGGAGGGAGCGCAGCUUGUCCAGUACAUCUACAAGAAGAUGAGUUCAUACCCGGUGCCCAUCCUGCUCAUGAAAUCAUCUCGAAGUGCCUGCUGGCCUCGGGGUCAGGAGCCCGGCCUCUUCUCCCUGCACCAGGCUGGCACUGCCCACCUACAGCCCGCCGACCGCCUUUUCAUCACCGUCAGCAACGCCACCACCAUGGAGAUGGACGGGAGGGCGAGCUACUUUGGGGCCUUCCUGGUGGGCUAAAGAGAGAACCUCAUGUACAGGUGUCCCGGACUGGCGCCUGACUGGAAGUGGAUAUUUGACAGAGUGGGAGCCUGAGGUCAUGGGUUUGCUUGAUCGUGUGCCCGACCCGUUUCCGAGGUUAUGGGCUGUAGUGGAAGGAUGGACUGUGAGGAGUGGAGAGGAGCUUCCUCAGGGCUGUGGAGUUAUAGAGACAUAACUGAGCUGCAGCAGCAGACUCACUGUCGCCCAGCGUGGUGAGAAAGAUGAGCAUUUUGAUGUGUUUGAUACCCUCACACAGGGUAUCAAUUCUGUAAGGAGGAUCUCACCAUCUAAAUAACUACUUUUAAGACAGCAUGUGAUGGCACAAACAUGAUCUGCAAGUCAUGGGUGGAAUGGGUGGCACUCUAAAUGCAGAUUAAAUGCUGUGCAGUGAUAUGUGAAUGGCUAGUAUUGAAUCCCAGAGUGGGCUGUUUGGCCUGCAGGUCUGAACAGACAUUUAGGUUGCCGCCCAUGGGAAAACAUUGUGAUGUUGGACACUUGACGGUUAACCUUUAUCAAAAACUUUAUCAAAAACUGCCAUACGACGGGAUUUUAUCAGGACUUCUGUGUCCAGAUAAUGAGAAUCAAGCUUCUUUAUGUUCAUGUUUACAGCAUGUGUGCUUGAAUUUCCUCUUUGUGCAAUGUGUUCAAUGUGUUGAUUUAUGAGAAUGAAUAUGAACUAAAGUGGUUUCUGGGACUUGGCAGGUUAUCUCAACUCUACACUUUUAGAUAGGGAAACUUGUUUUUGUCCAAGUCUCAAUACAGGGCUACUAGAUAUAUUCAGUUUCCUACUAUUCCCUGCUCUUAAUUUAUUGCCCUAAUUUGAUGAAUUUAGGUGGAGUUCACUGUCAUGAAUGGUGAUGGUGGCCAGGCAAAAAGGCUAGUUGCUCUGCUGCUACAGCUGUCUGAAUUGUUUAUCUUCCAGACUCCAGUGAACCAUGUAAAACGACAGUGUGUUUACAGUGUGUAAAAUUGGUAGUCAUACAUUUUUUCCAGGACUGAAAUGUUUUUUUUUUUUUUUGGUAGUAUUCCAAAAAUGUGUGCUUUGGAAAUCACCAAACUUAGUUCUUCCUUAUUUUUUUCAAUAUGCACAGGCGCAACUUUUUAUCCACUGCUGUGUGUUUUCAGGUAUAAAAAAUAAA